UUGGUCACCUGCACGUCACAGGUCUGUACCCCGGGUCUCAAUGGCGACGAACUAUAAUGUCAAAGCCGAAGUGGAUGGCAGACCCCCAAGUGCUCCCAGGGAUGCCCCUAAUACGUGCAUGCCGUACAACACGGCCUUCAAACAGCAACGGCUGCCCGCCUGGCAGCCCAACCUUACUGUGGGCACCGUGAUGCCCUUCUUUUUCCUCAUCGGCCUCAUCUUUGUCUUCAUUGGCAUCAGCAUCUUAGUCACUUCCAACAACAUCCAAGAAAUUGAGAUUGAUUACACUGGAUUCAAGGGCAAUGUGUACAUGUAUUAUGGACUGUCUAAUUUCUAUCAAAAUCAUCGCCAUUAUGUGAAAUCCCGGGAUGAUAGUCAACUAAGUGGAAAUAUUAGGGCUUUGCAUAAUCCUAGUAGAGAUUGUGAGCCCUAUCACAGAAAUGAAGGCAAACCAAUUGCUCCUUGUGGAGCUAUUGCCAACAGCAUGUUCAACGAUACAUUAGAGUUGUUUCAGAUCGCCAAUCAAUCUGACCCUAUACCUAUACCUAUUCCCUUGAAAAAGAAAGGUAUUGCUUGGUGGACAGAUAAAAAUGUGAGAUUUAGAAAUCCUCCUGGAGAAGGAAGCCUGGAAGAGCGAUUUAAAGGCACAGCAAAGCCUCCAAACUGGCAUAAACCAGUAUAUAUGCUGGGUUCCGAAGACGAUGAUAAUGGAUUCAUCAAUGAGGAUUUUAUUGUUUGGAUGCGGACGGCAGCAAUGCCUACUUUUCGUAAGUUAUAUCGCCUUAUAGAACAAAAAAACGAUUUAUGGCCAACGUUACCAGCUGGACUAUACGGUCUGAAUAUCACAUACAAUUACCCUGUACACUCUUUUGAUGGACGAAAACGAAUAGUCUUGAGCACCAUUUCAUGGAUAGGAGGAAAAAAUCCCUUUUUGGGGAUUGCUUACAUCACCAUUGGGUCCAUCACUUUCUUGCUGGGAGUUGUAAUGUUAGUAAUUAAUCAUCAAUAUAAAAAUAAUAGUGACACUGGCAUUGUUAUUUAAUUUUAUUUUCUGAAAACACACCUGUUUUAUGUGUAUAAAGGCCAGACCUACUGAACCUUACUUUCAAAUGCUGAUGUCUGGUUAAUGUGUUAUUUUGAAGUUACUACUUGUUUUUAAAGAAAAAGUCUUUGUCCCUUGUUUUUUCCUUAUGGAUACAUAUAAUGAGUAUAAAAAUUAGCUAUAUGGAUUCAUAACAGCUCUGUAACUGCUAAACUAGCAUUUAAUAUGUGCUUAUUAUUGGUCCAGAUCACAUAACAAAUAGAGCCACUUUCAUGUGAAGUGUGUCUACUGCUUGAAUGUUUAUGCUCUGUUGAUAUUACAUUGAAAUACGGUGCUGUAUACGCACCCAUUGUGUGCAGAAAGGUGUCCCAACCUGUGUACAAGUAACUACUUGCUAGCCUUUCAGGA